GGGCGGCGCUGCGACGUGAAUUUGGCGGCACUCACACGCCCUCGUCUCAAGCGGAGCACGCAAAGGCGACCGAGUUUCUUAGAUUCCAAGCGGGGCUGCCCCACGAACAACAUGGGCGCCGGCCAGUCCAUGGAGGUGGAGCGCGCCCUCGACGAGGCGCCGACGGCCCAGGCCGCGGCGAAGGUACUGGGCGCCUUGGAACCGGGCGCGCUGGCCGAAGCUUUGAAAGAUCAGGGCGUAAGGGACGGGCCCGACUUAUUGUCACGUCUCGAGGCGCUGCCCACCACGAAAGACGUCGCGCCGGUCGACAACUUUCUGGACCGGUUAAGAACAAUAAGAGCGGCCUGUGUGAGGGUCGAGGCCAAGGGCCAGCAGUUAAGGGGAACGAAGCAGGACCUCGAUGAUUUAGAUCAGAAGAAAAAUUCCAACGCCGACGACCUGCUGUACGCGACGCGCGUCGACCUCGCGGCGCAGCUCGCGGCGUUGGACCAGCACGCUGUGAAGCUGAGACACAUGGAGAAGAUGCUGCUGUUGGAACGACUGGAGGGGGCCAAGGGCCUCGAGAGCCCGAGGGCGAUCGGCAAGAUGCCGCCGCACCUGCCGAUGAAGGAGGCUGAAAGAUUAAAUGAUACGAGACGACGCGAGGCCAAGGCCUAUACGGCUAAAUCACCUACCGUUAGGUUUGAGGACGGCUUCGCGGGCGUGGAAAGGGACAAGUUCGGGAGCCCGGUGCUUAAGAAACGACCGAUGAGCCCCUUCGAGGAGCACUUCGGGCCCGAGAUUGCCAAGGACGAGGGCGACGACGCGAGCCCGCGCACGCUGGCGCGGUGCAUGACAGCAAGAGCAGCGACGCGCGCGCAGCAAUUGAUCGUCCAGCACGAGGCCGCGAAGCCGGACCCGGUCGCGGUGGCCAAACAGGACGAGGAGCAGUCCUGUUCCAGUAUCGAGGAGGUCUUCGAGCGGUUCUGCGGGCUCUAUAGACUCGAACACAUGACGAACACGAUCUUCGCCAAGUUCUGUAGGGAUACCAAGGGCGUCAUUUCGAAGAAGACCUUUCCCGUGCCGAUGAUCGACAUGGUCCGGCGCCCGUGCGGACAAUUAUCGAGCCGACGCAGUCGCGGCGACAACGUCGCGAAAUUUGAUUUCCACACAGGUCUGGACCAAGGGCGCCGGAAAAGCGAAACACGUAGGGUUCAAAAAAUUCCUGAAGUUGCUCCAUUUGAUUGCGGCGCAGAAGGGCAUCGAAGACGACAAGUUCGUCGCGGCAGUCGUCAAGCGCGCGCGCAUCAAGACCAAGAAAACGGUAGCAACGUCGCCCGUUCUGGGCGGCCGGAAGAAGCACUAGGGGGCUGGUUGCUCGUAAGACUGAAGAUACAACAUUCAAGUUACUACUAG